AUGGAGAUUGGAGUGCUGUUCUUCCUGUUUUUCUUCGCUCUGAAAGUUUUGUCUCAAGAUACAUUAGCCCCGUUACGGAUAGAUUGCGGGUCAGAAACAAGCUACGAUACUGGAGAUGGAAUUCUUUGGGACACAGAUUCAGAUUUCGUUAAAACUGGUCAAAACGUGCGGCUCUCUAAUGGGAAUCUCAGCGCAGAACGGCAAAUAAGUACGCUCAGGUACUUCCCGGAACAAAACAAGAACUGUUACUCUUUACCGGCGGUUGCGCAGAAGAGGUACUUCAUCAGGGCAGUGUUCUGUUAUGGGAACUAUGAUGGCCUUUCAAGGCCUCCAAGUUUUGGUCUCGAGUUCGAUGGCAACAAGUGGACCACUGUGUCGAACUCAACUGCAGAACCCCAACACUACGAAUUAGUAUACACGAGUGGGGGUGAUUUCAUAAGCGUCUGUUUGGCUCGGACGCUGGAUAAGCAGUACCCAUAUAUCUCAGCAUUGGAACUGUGGCCCUUAUCUGAUGAUAUGUAUGCUACUAUGGGCCAAGAUAGGGCCUGGACUCUGAGCUACCGCUACAAUUAUGGCGCAACUGAAUCGAUCAUGGGGUAUCCUCAGGAUAAGUACAACCGGAAGUGGCAACCAAUGAUCCUGCAGGGCACGAAGGCCGUACAUGCCAGCUUCGCUUCCAUCAACAGACUGACUACAGAGUAUCCUCCCGAUUUGGCAAUUUUUGAUGCAAUCGAAGCCCCGGAUCCUGCAUCCUCAAUGACAUUCUCUUUCGAAACGAAUGGAAGCGCCACCUUCAAAUACAUAGUUUUGUACUUCCUAGAGACACGUUUUCUGAAUGAAAAUGAGACUCGAGCGUUUGAUUUGUACAUUUUAGGGGGGACCUACAUCACGACAAUUUCCCCACGGUACCAGAUUUUCACAGGCUUUGAAGUUGAUACCGAGUCAAUUGGGUUGUCUGACGAAGAUAUCCGCAUUCAACUGUUACCAACUAUCAAUACAACUCUACCACCUAUAAUCAGUGCCAUCGAAAUUUAUGCGUCGACCCGUCCUCUGGUCACCACAAGAACAUCCCAGGAUGACUUGGAAGGGUUACAAGCAUUUGUAAAGACCUUUGAGCAACUGCAAGGAUGGAGCGGCGACCCAUGUCUUCCAAGUGACACUACAUGGCCAUGGAUAUCUCGCCAAGGCCACUACCCUCCAAGGGUUACUUCCAUAAAUCUUACAGGUUAUGGUCUCUCUGGUCAUCUUCCUUACUUCGGCCAAAUGCAAGCACUUGAGAUUAUAGACUUUGGAAAUAAUAGCCUCAACGGACCAAUUCCCGAAUUCCUUGGCAAAUUGCCACAUCUCAAGUUACUAAUUCUCAGCAAUAAUGAUUUCUCCGGCUACAUUCCGAAGAGUAUUACUAGCAACAAGCAAUUGAAAUUUGACGUCCAUGGUAACUGCCAUGUAAUUAAGAGAGAGAGCUCCGCGUCAACAUUUGGAUUGCCUAUCGGGUUACUCUCCUUCAUACUGGUGGUGGUUGCUUUUGUUUAUUUCUUGGGACCAAAGAAACCAAUGCCCAGCGAAGAAGUUACUGCAACAGAAGGGGGUGGAUGGGAUGAUGGGCAUGUUCAGUCAAUGCCUCAAGAAGAGAGAGUUUCGGAGGACGCAAACCCCGAGUCACCAAUUCAAAAAUCGCAGAGAUGA